AAUUAUUUCAUGAAUUACAAUAAUUUUUCAUCUAAUGAAUAAUUUUAAUUUUGAAAUUUGAUUUUUUUCUGAUUCUAUUCUGUUUUCCAUCUCCGAAUAUUUGCAUUAUAAGAAAAUUAUAAUAUUCAUACAAUGGCAUUAUUUGAUAUAUAACGGAAAUUAUCAAUUCCGAUACUCUGAUAAUUAUACUUUUUUACAAAUUUCCUUGUGAAAAUGAGUUUUUCAACCAAAAUUUUGCAGUGAUUGAUCACACUCUUGUAAAAAUUGAAAUCUCUUUGGAUCUGUUUUUGUUUUGUGUCUGGUCUGGUCAUAAAUUUCGUAACGUGAACCCUAACCUAGAUAACAGUGAUAAUUUUAAAUAUUGCCAAUUGCAAUUAGUAAUACAAAAAAUAUGAUACACCUGUUAUUUCAAGUUUCUAUUCGCCAAAAAUUUUUGUUUUAAUGGAAAAAACAAAUUUUGAUUGAUUAUUGUAGGUAUUUUUAGGUUAGGUAAGGUAUAUUAUGGCUGGACGAGUUUUAGCUUCUGCAACAGUUCGUGCAGUAAAAAACAGACGUUUAAUACCUUCAAGAGCAGCACUGGUUUUGGCACCGUGAGCUGUUGGUUGCCUUAAAAAAUUACUAGUUAUACUAGAUUUUAUCGGCUUGAAAGUAGGGGUUCGGCAGCGCGGCUGUAAUGGACUUAGUUAUACUCUGGAUUAUGCCACCGAGAAAGGAAAGUUUGACGAAGAAGUUGUUCAAGACGGAGUGCGCGUCAUAAUAGAUGCAAAAGCUCAGUUAUCUCUGUUGGGAACCGAAAUGGACUACGUAGAAAACAAAUUAUCAUCGGAGUUUGUCUUCAACAAUCCCAACAUAAAAGGUACUUGCGGCUGCGGCGAAAGCUUUUCAGUCUAGACAAAUUGUGAUGAUUUAUGCGUGAUAUAAUAAUAUUUAGACUCAUAUAGACGAUGUUAAUAUUUAGGGCUACCAUUGUAUUAUACUAGAAAGAUUCAAUUCAUUUUCUCCUUUGGAGUUUUCAAUCUUUAAAUUUUCGUCUCAAUGAAGUUAGAGGACAUUGGAGGUUGUAAAUUAUUGUUGUAUAGUUGUAAAUGUCGAUAGUUAUUUAUUUUUGUUGUUACAUGGAAUAAAUUAAUUUUCAAUGUGA